AUGGUCAUAGAAUCAAUGAAAACUCAAAUUUGUCCAACUAAUUUAACUUCUGCAGCAACGGAAUCUGUUAUGAACACCAAUCAAACAGUUAUUUAUUUAAGAAAUAUUUACCUUGUAUUUUCCAUGAAUUUCUUUGGUAUAGCGUCAAAUACUAUUAUCAUAGUAGGAACAUUUACAAAGAAAUCAUUACGAAAGCCAACCUAUUAUUUAAUGGCCAAUUUAUCUGCAUGCGAUAUCUUGACGUCAAUUAGCAUGGCUCUACUGGUAAUAAGUACCAUGAUUGCUAUGAGAUUGAAAAUGGCAGAAGGUCCGUUUACUACCCUUUGCAAAAUCGUUAUGAUUCCGACGUACAUAGGUUAUACAGGUUCAAUACAAACAUUAAUGAUUAUAUCCUUCGAGCGCUAUCGCGCCAUUUUAAAAGCUAAUAAAAAGUUAACUAGUAGAAGAGUCGGAGUAUUGGUAGUAAUAUCGUGGCUAGCAUCAUUGACCUUGGCUAGUCUAUUUAUAAACUCCAUUGGUAAUAUUGGUUAUCAAUGCGAAAUGAAUACCAAGCAUAAUACACUUGUGAUUAUACGGCAUACGAUUUUGGCAGUAACUUACUUUAUUCUUCCUGCUAUGAUUAUGAUUUUCCUGUAUAGUAAAAUACUACGUCGAUUAAAUAGUAAAAAUUCAAUUACAAGAAAUGAAUCUAUCAGAAGUAAGCAAUUAAAACGUAAGACUAUUUACAUGUUAUUCCUGACAACAAUUAUAUUUUUAAUCUGUACUGGACCAUGGGCUGCUGCACUUGUUUUUGGUUCCGUUACCGGGCGAUUUACUUCCGAACUAGCAGAUGAUAAAAAUGUACUACUCAUGCUAUUAGCCACGUUAGCGAGAAUUUCAAUACCUAUCUCGUCGAUUUAUAAUCCUAUCAUUUAUUGCAUUUAUAAUCAACAAAUUCGGCAAUUAUUUUUCCCAUGUUGUUGUUCGCGAUCUAAUGCUGUACACAAUAGCAAUAUUGAUGGAAAUUCAACGUCGAAAGUAAAAUUUAAGCCAAUUGUAGUUAGUAGCUCGCAAAACGCAUUGGAAUAUCAACGUCGAAAAAUUGUACUCAAGCAGCAAGGCUGA